AUGCGUCACAAUAAGAUCGCUGUUCGUUUGCCAGCCCACACGGCAGCUCAAUCCUUCAACGUCCAGCCCGAGCUAACGCUAGGACACAGCCAACAUCACGAUGCCUUCGCACUCGACCUUCUCGCCUUUACAGCAACAGAGAAAUUCCUGCUGGCCAUGGUGUUCUAUCCUGACGUCCAAAGCAGGGCCCGUGCAGAAAUUGACCAAGUUGUGAAGCUCCUGAGAUGGCAUCCUCACGUCCCCCUAGGUGCGGGAGUGAUGGUUUAUCAGUGGGCAUUGUCCCGGGAUGAAGACAUGUUUCCCGACGCAUCACGCUUCAAACCUAGUCGCCAUCUAACAGUUGAUGGGAAGCUGAAGGUCCCUUUUUUUAAUCAUAUGGCCUUUGGUCAUGGCAGGCUUGCUGCAAGGCGUAUCUGUCCUGGUCGUUGGUUUGCAGAGGGCACUCUGUGGACUGCAGCUGCUACCAUACGCACUGUCUUACGCGUCGAUCAUGCCAAAGACUCAAACGGAGACAGGAUUGAGGUGAAGCUGGAGUUCACCACCGGCUUGGCGAGUCACCCUGAACCAUUUCAUUGCUCGUUUGAAAGCGUGAACACAGCGAGAGCAACACAGCGAGAGCAACACACCUCCGAGCAACGAUGGAUUCGAAGUAGUCUUGGUUUGUGCUGCCGUGUGAUGAAUAUAUAUAUGACAUCAACCCCGUGGCCG